AGCUAGUUCAGUGCAGACAGAGAAAACACUCGAGGAACAGAUCAGUGUGAGGACAGCCGGUCUGGAGAUACAGAGCAGCGCGUCCAGCUGAACGUCUGGGAAUGAUAGACGUGCAGCAGGCGAACAUUAAUCUCUCUUGAGUGUGACACCGCUGUUUGGAGUAAUGGGUGAUGUUCAGUUUGUCACAGGCACUCAUGUCUCAGAGGUGAAUCUUACACUGGGACAAGGUUCCUCUAGCAUAGAUCCCCCUGUUUUUAUCCUUCCACCACGUAAUACACGAGUCAGCCAAGGAGGUACUGCACGCCUCGAAGGCAAGGUGCGUGGUCAUCCAGAGCCCCAGGUGUGCUGGUAUCGGAAUGGGAAAUUGUUGAUAGCUGGAGAUCGCUAUUCCAUGGAACAAAGUGCUCGUGGAAUCUUCAGUUUGCUGGUUCAGGAGGUCAAGAACGAUGAUGGUGGAUGUUACACUUGCAAAGCGGUCAAUGAUGCUGGAACCUGCCAAGUUACAGUGGAGAUCAUUGUGGAAGGAAACACCGGGAGGAAAUACAAUCUUCCCACCUCCAUUAGGGCAGGUGGAUCUAUGGGUGUUUCAGCAUUAGAGAAUAGACCUAGUAUCUGGGGUGAAAGCCCCCCAAAGUUUGUGACUAAACCUUCUCGCCUGUAUCUCAAAGUUGGACAAAGCGGCAAAUUCUCAGCCAAGAUCACAGGACGACCACAACCACUGGUGCAGUGGUAUAAGGGAGAGGAGAAGAUCCAGACAUCAGAUCACUAUAACAUGUUUGAGCGUUCAGGAAUGCACUUCCUGGAGAUCUGUCAUGUGUGUUCAGAAGAUGCAGGCAUCUACACCUGCCUGGUGGCCAACAAUGCUGGCAAGACAUCUGCGACUGCUGAACUCAUUGUUCAAGGUACAGACACUGAAGCAGCCGCUGAAACCAAACCAUCUCAUAAUCUUUCGAAAUCCUCUGUGACCAGACACAGUACUAACGGACUGGGUGCUGAACAGAGACCUUCAAACAUGUCAAUCCAGACGGUAACCAUGGAAACACACACAGCACCAUCCAGUAAUGCUACAGCAAGCAUCCUAAAUGUGACCGGAACAGAGGAACCAAAAAUAACAUUGCUUCUAUCUUCACAACCUAUCAGUAAACCCACAGAUAACAGAUCACUAGUUGGUAAAAAGAUGUCAAACUUUGGCAGCAUAAGCGGUCGAAAUAUCAUAGAUAGAGGGUCACGUGACAUAAAGAGAGAUUUGGAUGACUUCAGUGCUCCCAGACAGACACCUGAACCGUCCCCGGUGAAGUCCAGCAGAGAGACCAGCAGAGAGAGCAAGAUGGGUGUUUUUGAAACCCUGCCCAGUUUUGAAUCUCAGCCUGAGAGCCAAGAAGUCAUGCAGGGUGAAAAGGUCACGUUCAGAUGUAAAGUGUCGGGGUCACCAUUACCAUCAGUGAGUUGGAUGAAGGAUGGAGCUCCUCUGAGUCAGAAAGCAGGCAUCAUUAUGGGACAGGAAGGCCAUCAACACUAUCUGUGUCUGAAGAACGCUCACAUAACAGACACAGGACAGUAUGGCUGCUCUGCCAUCAACAAAAAAGGAAAGACUACAAUCCACUGGAGUCUGACAGUUAAAAGUUUAAGGGUGGAGGGUAAGUCUCCGGUAUUUAGCUCUACUCUGACAGAUUGUUCAGUAUCUGAAGGACAGGAUUUUUGCCUGCAUUGCUCAGUAGAGGGCGAACCCCAGCCUGAGGUCUCCUGGCUACUCAAUGAAAAGCCUGUCCAAUAUUCAUACACUGUGUAUGAGAACGGUGAAUGUGAGCUGAGAGUUCAGUCAGCAGUGAUGGAGGAUGCAGGUGUUUAUUCAUGUGUAGCAGUGAAUGAUCACGGCAGAGCUGUAUGUUCAGCCUGUGUGCUGGUUAAAGCUAAGUCAGGUGUGAAGAGGUCUUCUGCUCCUCCUGUGGUUGAUAUAAGAAGACCCUCAGCCCCGGUGUUCCUCAGAGGUCUGCAGGAUCUCAGAGUCAUGGACGGCAGUCAGGUCACAAUGACUGUGGAGGUGACUGGAUAUCCUUCUCCUGAGGUGGUCUGGCUGCAUAAUGGAAAAGAGAUUCAGGAAUCAGAGGACUUCCACUUCGAGAGAAAGGGCUGUCAGUAUACUCUCUUUAUACAAGAAGUGUUUCCUGAGGACACCGGCACAUACACCUGUGAGGUGUGGAAUGAGGCUGGAGAUGCUCGGAGUCAAGCAUCACUCACUGUUCAAGAGCCUCAGGAUGGAGUUCAACCAUGGUUUAUCACUAAACCUCAAUCCUGUACCACCUGUCUGGGUCAGCAUGCUUUGCUGUCCUGUGCUAUCGCUGGUGACCCCUUCCCAGCAUUUCUCUGGAUGAAGAACGGUCAGGUGAUAUCUGGAGGCGGAGACUUUGAGAUCUUACAGAAGGAAGAUGUUGUGUCAUUGCUCGUCAGGAAUGUAAAGACACAUCAUGCUGGAAACUACGAAAUUCAUCUUAAAAAUAAAGUAGGAGAGUGCAAAUCAGUGGCCAUACUGGACAUCAGCGAGAGCCCUGUGCUGUCUGGUGACGAAUCUCAGAAACGCAGCCAAGGGGUGGAGAGGACUGCUCCAGGCAAGGAAGGACAAAGCAACAGUCCCAAACAGGCUACGUUGUACUCUGAACCACUCUGGGACCGCAACAGUCGGGAUUGGGAAGAGGGGGAGGCGUGUGCCACCAGCCGUGGGCUUCUUAAAAGACGAGUAGAGACAAAAGAGCAUCGGGAAGACCACAUCCGAGAGAAGGAAGCCGAGCAGAUCGACUUCCGAACUGUUCUCGGCCGCAGGGUCAACACGAAGAGUGUCUCUGAGGAAGACCUGAAGGAUAUCACUGCUGAGCAGAUGGACUUCAGAGGAAAUCUCCAACGGCAGAUUAAGCCCAAGACCCAGUCGGAGGAUGAGCGGAAGGUCAACUCUCCUCAACAGGUGGACUUCAGAGCGGUGCUGGGAAAGAAAGGUACCCCAGGACCGAAACCUGCUUCUGGGUCAUUCGCAAAAACUCAACCCAGCAAAAAUGAAGCUGUUGACUUUAGAUCAGUGUUAGGCAACAAAAAGAAACAGCCGAGUGAGGAUACAAAUGGAGAAAGACCGUAUUUUAAAGACCGCAAAGGAAAAGAAAAUGACCUCAAUUGUGUGGAUGGAGGAAUGAAGGAGAAAACAAAGGCUGGUGGAAGGAAAGAACCAGUUUUUACGCAAAAACUGAGUGAUGUGACAGUACUGGAUGGGGAGCGUUUGUAUCUACAGUGCCAACUUUCUUUUGAAUCACCUGCAAGAGUCACAUGGACACUUGAUGGGAAACCCAUCAAACCAUCUAAAUUCAUCAUUAUUACUCAUGAAGGUGGCCAAUGCUCUCUAUGCAUUGAUAAAGCUCUUCCUGAGGAUGAAGGACAGUAUAUUUGCAGAGCUGAGACGAUUGAGGGAACAGCAGAGUGUUCCUGUAUGGUCCUGGUGGACGAUCCCAGUGUCUCCACAUCAGCUGAUAAGCGGAGCAGGAAGCCCUCUACCCCGACCACAGAGAAUGAGGCCAAAAUAAAGAAACCCACAUCUAAAAUACUGCUUAAACAAGGUUCUCCUCCUCAGAUUCUGCAGUUUCCAGAUGAUAUGAAGAUCAUGGCAGGUCAGCAGGUCAAUCUGUUGUGUGAGUUUACUGGAACUCAGCCUAUCACCUGCACCUGGCUCAAGUUCCGCAAACCAAUACACGAAGGUCAGGGUGGCAUCUCAGUAGUAAGCACAGACAGCAGCAGUCAGCUGACCAUCACAGAAGGACAACAGGAACACUGCGGCUGCUACACGGUUGAGAUUAAAAACAGCUACGGUAUGAGACAGGCCGCUCUCAACCUCACUAUAGUCGAUAAACCUGAACCACCUGCUCGUGUCCCGGCUGCCUCAGACAUUCGUAAGUCCAGCCUUACUCUGUCCUGGUAUGGGCCGACAUACGACGGUGGCAGCGCAGUCCAGUCCUACAACCUGGAGAUUUGGAACUCUGUGAAUAAAGAGUGGACUGAUCUGGCCUCAUGUAAUAGCACUUCCUACAAUGUACAGAACCUGCUACCAGGCAGACAGUACAAGUUUCGAGUGAGAGCAGAAAAUAUUUAUGGUGUGGGAGAACCUAGUGCUGAAUCUGAGCCUGUGGAGGUUGGCUUGGAAGACGAAGACGAAAAUAAGGAAGAUGAGGUUGAGCCUUCAGAUGAUGAAUCAGAAAAGGCACCGGACUAUAGAUAUGUUACAAUCAGAACAGAUGUGAAGGUGAAGGACCUGUAUGAUGUGGAGGAACGAUUGGGCACAGGAAAAUUUGGAACGGUUUUUAAACUAAUAGAGAAAUCCACAAAAAAAAUCUGGGCUGGGAAGUUCAUUAAAGCGUAUUCUGCAAAAGAGAAAGAAAACGUUCGUCAGGAAAUUGCAAUAAUGAAUGAUCUUCAUCACCCAAAACUUGUACAGUGUGUUGAUGCUUUCGAGGCAAAGACAGACAUUGUUAUGGUUUUGGAAAUGAUCUUUGGAGGGGAACUCUUUGAGCGAAUCAUAGAUGAGGAUUUUGAGCUAUCAGAGAGAGAGGUGAUCAAAUACAUGCUCCAGAUAGUGGAUGGUGUAAAUUUCAUCCAUAAGAAAGGCAUCGUCCACCUGGACCUCAAACCUGAAAAUAUUAUGUGUGUCAAUAAAACUGGCAGCAAAAUCAAACUCAUUGACUUUGGACUGGCACGCAGACUGGAGACUGCCGGAUCUCUGAAAGUUUUGUUUGGGACCCCAGAGUUUGUGGCUCCAGAGGUGAUAAAUUAUGAAGCCAUCGGUUAUGCUACAGACAUGUGGAGUAUUGGAGUUAUCUGUUACAUACUUGUUAGUGGUUUGUCGCCAUUCAUGGGAGAUAAUGAUAAUGAGACGCUGUCUAAUGUGACCUCAGCGACGUGGGAUUUUGAAGAUGAAGCAUUUGAUGAGAUCUCAGAUGAGGCCAAAAACUUUAUCAGUAACCUGCUCAAGAAAGACAUGAGGGCUCGUCUGACCUGUGAUCAGUGUUUUCAGCACCCAUGGCUCAAGCAGGAUACAAACAAUAUGGAGGCCAAGAAGCUUUCUAAGGAGAGGAUGAAGAAGUAUAUCCUGAGAAGAAAAUGGCAGAAAACUGGGCAUGCGGUACGGGCCAUUGGUCGACUGUCUAACAUGGCACUGAUGGCGGGUGUUCAUGCCAAAAAGGGCUCUCCCACUGAAGUGGAUGAUAAACAGUUUUCUGUUGAAUCAGAGGAGAAAGUCUUAAUGAAACCUACAUUCAACACUGUUAUUAAAGACGUUGAGGUGGUGGAGGGCAGUGCUGCACGAUUCGACUGCAAAAUUGAGGGUUACCCUGACCCCGAGGUGGUGUGGUAUAAGGACGACCAGCCAAUUAAAGAGACACGUCAUUUUCAGAUUGAUUAUGAUGAAGAUGGAAAUUGCAGUCUGAUAAUUUCUGAGGUCAGUGGCGAUGAUGAUGCAAAAUACACCUGCAAGGCCAUGAACACCGUUGGAGAGGCAACCUGCACAGCUGAACUCAUUGUAGAGGUGAUGGGAGGAGAAGAGGAGGAGGAGGAGGAAGAAGAAUAAGUGGUACUUGGAAAAAAGAUCUAUGUUUGUUUUUCUCUUUUAUCUGGUUAUUCUCACUGUCUUUUGGAUGAUGAGAAUUAUAAUGAGGAUGAUGAAGAACUCUUAUCUUUUAUUGCAUAUAUUGUAAUUUGUUAUGUUUGUUUGUUUGUUCAUUUGUUUUGUUUGAAUACAACAAGGUCAGAUGUCAAAUCAGUUUAUCACAUGAUCCUAAUCUUACAGUAUGCACAUUUUCUUGGAUACGUUAUUUUACUUUACAACAAAGUUUUUCAUCCAAACACAACUAAACUCACAUGUGUGUUUGUGUGAUCGUGUGAGACUGUUUAAAAUAAGUCUUAUUUAAACACUGUAAACCUAGAUAUGGUUGUGUGUUGUUGUUGUUUCAAUGCAUUAUCCAUGGUUUUGCCCCUGACACACAGUAAUAACAGCACUUAUCAGAUCUUUGGAUUUGUUUAUUGUAUUAGAAAUGUCCAUAUAAAAUUAUUUCUUUAAUAUUUUUUUAAAUACAGUAUGUACCAGUUUGAAGAAUUGCAGAUUACAUUGCAAUGAGAACACUACAUAUGUUUUUAUUCACUUUUAAAGAAUACAUUUUUAUCACAAACUA